AUAUUUAUUCCCCCAUUUUCCUCUCUUGAGCGUCUUUACGCAGAGAGAGAGAGAGAGAGAGAGUGUGUGUGUGUGUGUGUGUGUGUGUGUGUGUGAAGAGUAGUUGGAAUUCUAAUGUGGUUCAAAUGAAGAAAAAGAUAGAAAAUUUUUUAUGAAGAGCCCUUUUUCGAAACUCUUAACCCUGCUUCGUCAGUUUCUACUGCCCAGUUGAUGGAUCUGGUUUAGGUUUCCAGAAGAGGCAAAAUUUUACAGAGAAACAUGGCGGCGGAGAAAUCCAGCUCUAAAGGGCAAGCAUGGUUUUGCACCACCGGUUUGCCAAGCGACAUUGUGGUGGAAGUCGUCGACAUGACCUUUCAUCUACACAAGUUUCCUUUGAUGUCAAAAAGUCGAAAGUUUCACCAGCUUAUAACCGAGCAAGAGACAAAAUCUCCAGCUGCUAAAGUCCAAGCAACACCAUCUUCUGCUAUCACUAAAGAGCAGCAGCGGCAACAUGAAGGGCAACAAGAAAACCAAGAUCAUGAAAUUGAGGAGCAGCAUGCGGACGAGGUGGAGGAGGAAGAAGGUGGAGAUCACUGUCAUAUUGCCCUCCCGGAUUUUCCCGGGGGGUCAUAUUCUUUCGAGAUGGCUGCUAAGUUCUGCUAUGGCGUCAAGAUCGAUCUCUCUUCCUCUAAUGUCGCUCCUCUCCGCUGCGCCGGGGAGUUUCUGGAGAUGACUGAGGAGUACUCUGAAGACAAUCUCAUUUCCAAGACCGAAAGGUUUCUCUCGCAGUGCGUUUUCAAGAGCCUGAGGGAGUCAGUGAAGGCUCUAAAAUCAUGCGAGUGCGUGAUGCCUCAAGCCGAGUCACUGGGUAUUACGCAGAGAUGCAUUGAUAUCAUUGUUUGCAGGGCUUCCUCCGCAGAUCCGACGUUGUUCGGUUGGCCAGUCAGCGACGGAAUCAAUGAGCCGAACCAGGCCUUGUGGAAUGGGAUCGAAGCCGGUUUGAGGAGGAAGAACUUGGGGAGAAGUGUUACUGCCGAGUCGUGGUUUGAAGAUCUCGCACAGUUAAGUCCCGCGUUGUUCAAGCGUUUGAUUCUUGCAAUGAGAGCGCGAGAUCUGAGCGCCGAUAUAAUCGAGAGUUGCCUCAUGUACUAUGGUAGAAGGCAUGUUCCUGGCAUAUUACGUUCUAGCCGGAAGCCAUCAUCAUCAUCUAUAGCAUCAGAGCAGGAACAGAGAGAACUGUUGGAGACCAUAAUCUCGAACCUUCCGUUGGAGAAGAGCUCGAGAUCUUCAAUCACAACACGUUUUCUGUUCGGUUUGUUGCGAACCGCGAAGAUACUGAAUGCAUCCGAGGCUUGCCGCACCGCGUUGGAGAAGAAGAUCGGAUCGCAACUCGAGCAAGCCACGCUCGACGAUCUGCUGAUCCCUAGCUAUUCCUAUCUCAAUGAAACGUUGUACGACGUGGACUGCGUCGAGAGGAUCUUAGGUUACUUUUUAGAAGAUUAUGUAGAGAGAAACACAGACGGAAUUGAAGCCGACGUCGGCGAUAGAGAGGUGCGUUCUCCGGGUUUGAUGCUCGUAGGCAAGCUGAUAGACGGAUAUCUCUCGGAGAUCGCAUCAGAUACGAAUCUGAAACCGGAGAAGUUGUUUAAUCUUGCAAUUGCUCUCCCCGAGGAAGCCAGGCUCUUCGAUGACGGACUCUACAGAGCCGUAGACGUUUAUUUGAAGGCGCAUCCAUGGGUAGAUGAAGCAGAGAGAGAGAAGAUAAGCGGAGUGUUGGACUGUCAAAAGCUAACCAUAGAGGCUUGCACGCACGCGGCGCAAAACGAGCGGCUGCCAUUGCGGGCGGUAGUGCAAGUGCUUUUCUUCGAGCAACUACAUCUCCGACAGGCUAUCGCCGGGACUCUUCUGACAGCGGAGACAGCGCCGGCAGAUUCGAGAAGGCCGUCGUUAAUGCAAAGACAGGUAGAGGAGGAUGAGGGGGAGGCAAAGGAUGAGGAGGAAGGGGCAAUGGAGAGGAGAAUCGGGUGGAGGGCAGCGGUGAGGGAGAAUCAGGUGCUGCGCUUAGACAUGGAUAGCAUGAGGACGCGAGUGCAUCAGCUAGAACGGGAGUGUUCCACGAUGAAGAAAGUGAUCGAGAAGAUUGAUAAAGCUGGCCCACAAAGUGGGACCAAGAAGAGUUGGUUGUUGAGUAGGAAAUUGGGGUGCAAGUUCAAGACCCAGGUGUGUGAUUCGCACGAAUCAACGGUCGUGGACGGGAGGAAAGGAAGAAUCCAGCAGCAUCAUUAAUAGACUUUUUCGUACAGGAACAUAACCCUCAGUGACUUUGUUUUUGGCUUUUUUUUUCUUUUCCUUUUUGCCCCGGACUUCUGCUCGUUCGGAUUAAAUUCGAUGCAAUUUUUUUUUUAAUUAAA